AUGGAGUUGGCAAUUGGAUUUCGAUUUUACCCAACAGAAGAAGAGUUGAUCUCUUUUUAUCUUCAUAACAAGCUACAAGACAAGAGAGAGGAUGAUCUGAUCCAGGCUAUUGAUCGUGUUGUAGCUGUUCUUGAUAUAUACGACUUCGAUCCAUGGCAACUUCCACGAGAAUUGUGCAGGAGGGAUCCUGAACAAUGGUUCUUCUUCGUUCCGAGACAAGAAAGAGAAGCAAAAGGAGGAAAACCAAAGAGGCUGACUCCUUGUGGAUACUGGAAAUCAACAGGUUCUGCUGGUUAUGUUUACUCUUCCAACAACAGUUGCAUUGGUGCCAUAAGAACAAUGGCUUUUUAUAAGGGAAGAGUUCCUAAUGGAAGAAAGACUCAGUGGAAAAUGAAUGAAUAUAAAGCCACUGAAGCAGCAGCAGUAUCCUGUUCUUCAUCUACUGGUGCACAUCCAAGGUUAAGGAAAGAGUUCAGUCUUUGUCGGGUAUACAAGAAAUCAGCAAAACGCCUGCGGACAUUUGGUAGAAGGCCAUCAGCGACAGAGAGAGGCGAGUCAGGUGCUCGACAGGUUCAUAGCGAAGAGGGAAGAACAAUUCAUGAAAGCCCUCCAAUGUUGGAUAGAAGAAGCUCACCAUCAUUCUCACAACACAACGAUGGCUAUCUUCCUCAGCGUGCAGGUGAUCAGAGCAACACGGCAGUGGCUCUAUCUAACGAACCGCUUUGGGAUUGGGAUCAUUUAUAUCACUGGUAUCAUGAUGGAAAGGACAUGCAUCCCAUGAAAUAG